AUGGCCUCUCCCGCCCAACCCACAGCAGCCAUGGCUGCUUUCGCCCGGAUGGCGAAAGGCCAGGUGCGAUGCUACUCCGCACCUGUGGAUGUUGCCUUUCCAGCUAGCAAGCGCAAGUACAUCCCGACUUCUGGCACAUAUCCCAAGGGGUUCACUGUUUCCGGUACACAUGUCGGCGUGAAAGCGACCAAUACCAAAUUCCCGGACCUCGCGCUCAUCUCCUCCGAGACACCAUGUUCUGCGGCUGCCGUGUUCACAACCAACAAGUUCCAGGCGGCUCCAGUCCAGGUUAGCAAGACGAUUCUUGAUUCCACUCAAGGUCAGGGGAUCCGCUCCGUUGUUAUCAAUUCGGGGUGCGCCAACGCUGUGACCGGCAAGGGUGGUCUUGAAGAUGCGACAAGCAUGGCUACGAAAGUGGACGAACACACUGGCGUUGCCGAGUCUGGUACCCUCGUCAUGAGCACCGGUGUCAUCGGCCAACGCCUUCCCAUCUCCAAGAUCCUCUCCAAAAUCCCCGAAGCCACGCAAAACCUAUCCUCAACCCACGACGCCUGGCUCACCACUGCCCGCGCCAUCUGCACAACGGAUACAUUCCCCAAGCUUCUCUCCCGCACAUUUACGCUUCCCUCCUCCCCCGGCCGUACCUACAGUCUUGCCGGAAUGACCAAAGGUGCCGGCAUGAUUCACCCCAACAUGGCUACCCUCCUUGGUGUUAUUGCUACAGACGCCCCCAUCGUUCCCUCAGCCCUGCAAUCGCUCCUCAAAUCUGCUGUCUCGCGUUCAUUCAACGCUAUCUCUAUCGACGGCGACACUAGCACAAACGACACCGUCGCAAUCCUCGCGAACGGAGCCGCAGGCGGCGCCCCAAUUAACUCCACCCAAUCGAACGACUACGCUGUCAUGCAAGAGAUCCUCACCUCAUUCACGCAAUCACUCUCGCAGCUCGUCGUGCGCGACGGCGAGGGUGCAACCAAGUUCGUUACAGUCCGCAUCCAGAACUCUCCUGACAUCGAGUCCGCGCAGCUUAUUGCGUCGACCAUUGCCCGGUCCCCGCUUGUCAAGACAGCGCUGUACGGCCGUGAUGCGAACUGGGGUCGGAUUUUGUGCGCGAUUGGAUACACCCAGGGUGUUGCGCCGGGAACUGUUGUGCCGGAGCGAACGAGCGUUAGCUUCAAGCCUGUUGAUGGAAGUCCUGUGCUGAAGCUCCUUGUGAAUGGGGAGCCGGAGCUGGUAGAUGAACAGCGUGCUGCUACCAUUCUCCAGGAGGAAGAUUUGGAAAUUGUUGUUGACCUAGGUGGUGGUGAGAAGGGUGAACUUGGCGGCGAAGAAGGCGUGUACUGGUUCUGCGACUUCAGCCACGAGUACGUCACCAUCAAUGGUGAUUAUAGAACUUGA